UAAUUGGUUCAACCGGCUUAUUACAGCAAAUCUCAACUGAAGACAGCGCGCUUCUUGUCUGUUUCGAUAUUGUCUGUUUCGAUAAUCGACCACUGCAACGACUUGGUUGGUGCUUUGCCAUUCAGUCCCCUCUCUCUGAUCUAUCUUCGAAUCAAUACCGUAGUAAAGAUCUUGCCAGCCUCAGCAUACUAACAUAACAGCCUUAUUCACAAACACAGACCACCACGAUGUUUAACUUUUUUGGAAAGAAGAAGGCAGAGCCAACAACAGUGUCGUCGACACCGACUACGACGACAACGGACUCACAAACCACAAUUGUGAAGCUUCGAACAGCCAUCAAGAACCAAGAGAAAAGAGAGGAUCACAUUCUGAAAAAGGUGGAAGCCCAGGUGGCAGAAGCCAAGGCCAAAAUGGCCAAGGGGGAUAAAAAGGGAGCUUUGUUUGCCAUGAAGCGAAAGAAGAUGUAUGAACAAGAAGUGGACAAGAUUCAGAAUGUCAAGAUGACGUUGGAGACACAAGUGAUCAACCUCGAAAGUGCGGCGCAAAACGCUGCUACAUUUGAUGCCAUGAAAUCGGGAACCAAUACCAUGAAGAAAAUCCGAAAUGAAGUUGGAAUCGAAAAGGUCGACGACAUUAUGGACGAAAUGAAGGAAGAAAUGGAAUUGGCACAAGAAGUGAAUGACGCUAUUGCACAACCUGUGGAUCCACUGUUUGCGGAUGAGGAUGAAUUGUUGGCUGAAUUGGAGGGAUUGGAGACUGCCGAUUUGGAAGCCGAAUUGUUGAAGCCACCUGCCAAACCAGUCGAAGAUUUGUCGCUUCCAUCCGUCCCAGCUUCCAAACUGCCUCAACCUAAACUGGCCAAUGAUGAAGCAGACGAACUCAAAAAGUUGGAAGCCGAAUUGGCGGGUCUAUAACGAACCACACACGACAAAAUCCAAGCGACUGCCUGAGCGUCGGAUCCGAUUCAAACACAACCAAAAAAAUGACAAUCAAUUCCAAUCCACAGUCUUUUUCUUUCUUUUAGGCCAUUUGGUAGCAAAUAGUAUGAUGCUUACGUAGCACACAAGCAUUUUGUUGUUCAUCGUGUGUGCUUCAUAAAAUGAUUAUCAUCUUGUAAUUUAUUUGUAGGAGGAAGCGACUUUCAGGGAUUCGAAUUCAUGUUUGCUUGUAGGGACUUCACGCACAGAUCCAUCGCCCUUCCCUCGCUACCGGUUCAAUUCGUCCAUCCCCGUGUCGAACAAGAUGCUCUAGAAGUUCGAGCGCUCCUGACGAUUUGCAGGAUAGGAAAGUCUUUUUUGCUCGAGAGGAGGAGGAGGACUGACUUGGAAGCUACCACGGAGACAAAAAGGGGGGCCGAGGUGGUUUGAGAGCACAUGCCUGUGCCUAAGAGAAUGCCACCUUUGGAUGAUCAUUCUUUGGAUGACCCAUUGGAUACCACUUGCCAGUUAAGUCUUUAAAGGCACUACCUGUAUCACC